GUGUUCACCAUUCAAAGUGAAGUCAGUCUUCUACGCAAAAGGGUUUCGUUCAUCGCUGUUUUUUGCUCGACUUCCCUUGAGAAAAGGGAAAAUUGAUUUGUUCUUGGCAGAGGCGCUUUAAUGGCUGGUAUAAGGGAAAUUACAGCGGCGGAGUUCUUGCAAGGUACUCGUAGGCAAACUCUUUUUUUGCAGAGAAAUUCUCGCACUUUGCGGAGCCGUUUGCUAUGGGACAAGCUUUGUAAUCCAAGCUUAGGACUGCGUUUGUCGAAUGGAAAGAGUGUUUCUUUGAGGUGUUCUGCUGAAUCAAAGCCCAGAGUGGCAGUAUCCGGGAAUGUGAGUGGUAGUUUGGCCUAUGAGCCUCCAAGCUUGAUUGAAAAGCCUGCUCAGAAAGUCAUACAUUUUUUCCGAGUCCCAUUGAUUCAAGAAAGUGCGAACAACGAGCUGCUCAAGUCUUGUCAGACAAGGAUUUCGAAUCAGAUUGUUGGUUUGAAAACAGAACAAUGUUUCAAUAUAGGGCUUGAUUCUGAGAUUUCCACGGAGAAACUCUCAACCCUUAUGUGGAUUUUAGGUGAAACGUAUGAGCCUGAGAAUCUGGGAACAGAGAGUUUUCUUGAGAAGAAGAGGCAAGAAGGGUUAAAUGCUACAAUUGUUGAGGUUGGACCCAGGCUGUCUUUUACAACGGCCUGGUCCUCAAAUGCUGUUUCUAUUUGCCGUUCAUGUGGAUUGACAGAGGUGACUCGGUUGGAGAGGUCUAGGAGGUACUUGUUAUAUAGCAAGGGAGCAUUGCCGGAAAAUCAAAUCAAUGAAUUUGCUGCGAUGGUUCAUGAUAGGAUGACAGAGUGUGUUUAUGCUCAGAGGCUGAUAUCAUUUGAGACCAAUGUGGUUCCAGAGGAGGUUCGUUGUGUGCCUGUAAUGGAGAGGGGACGGGAGGCAUUGGAGGAAAUUAAUCAGGAAAUGGGUUUAGCGUUUGAUGAACAAGAUUUACAGUACUACACUAAGCUUUUCAAGGAGGACAUAAAAAGGAACCCAACUAAUGUGGAACUGUUUGAUAUUGCACAGUCAAACAGUGAGCACAGCAGGCACUGGUUUUUCACUGGAAAAAUUUUUAUUGAUGGACAACCUAUGGAUAGGACCCUUAUGCAGAUUGUGAAGAGCACUUUGGCAGCAAACCCAAACAACAGUGUCAUUGGCUUCAAGGAUAACUCGAGUGCUAUUAGGGGGUUCCUUGCAUACAGAUUGAGGCCAGUGCAGCCCGGAACAGCAUGUCCAUUAAGUGAAACAACCCGGGAAAUUGAUGUCUUGUUUACAGCUGAAACUCAUAAUUUUCCAUGUGCAGUUGCACCUUACCCUGGUGCAGAAACUGGUGCAGGUGGUCGUAUUCGAGAUACUCAUGCUACUGGAAGGGGGUCUUUUGUGGUUGGAUCCACAGCUGGCUAUGUGACUGGAAAUCUCCAGUUAGAAGGUGCUUUUGCACCCUGGGAGGAUGCAUCUUUUAGUUAUCCAUCAAACUUGGCUUCUCCAUUGGAAAUACUAAUUGAAGCUAGCAAUGGUGCAUCCGACUAUGGGAACAAAUUUGGAGAGCCCCUGAUUCAGGGUUUCACUAGAACUUUUGGAAUGAGACUCCCAAGUGGUGAGAGGCGAGAAUGGUUGAAACCAAUCAUGUUCAGUGGUGGAAUUGGCCACAUUGAUCACACUCAUAUAUCAAAAGGGGAACCUGACAUUGGGAUGCUUGUUGUCAAAAUUGGUGGCCCUGCAUAUCGUAUUGGGAUGGGAGGUGGGGCAGCAUCGAGCAUGGUCAGCGGCCAGAAUGAUGCAGAGCUAGACUUCAAUGCUGUACAGCGAGGAGAUGCUGAGAUGGCACAGAAAUUGUAUCGUGUAGUUCGUGCAUGCAUAGAGAUGGAGGAGAAUAACCCAAUUAUCAGCAUUCAUGAUCAGGGAGCUGGUGGUAAUUGUAAUGUUGUUAAGGAAAUUAUAUACCCACAGGGUGCUGAGAUUGAUAUCCGGGCAGUUGUUGUUGGUGAUCACACCAUGUCUGUUCUGGAGAUAUGGGGUGCAGAGUAUCAGGAACAGGAUGCCAUCUUGGUGAAGCCUGAAAGCCGCAAACUGUUAGAAUCAAUCUGUGCAAGAGAAAGGGUCCCAAUGGCUGUUAUUGGCACAAUUAAUGGUGAGGGACGUGUUGUUCUAGUUGAUGGCUUAGCUAUUGAGAAAAGCCUUACAAGUGGACUUCCUCCCCCCCCUCCUGCUGUGGAUCUCGAGCUUGAGAAAGUGCUUGGGGCCAUGCCUCAGAAAAGCUUUGAAUUCUGUCGGGUGGCUCAUAGACGAGAACCACUUGAUAUUGCUCCUGGGAUCACAGUGAUGGAUUCUUUGAAGAGGGUAUUGAGACUUCCAUCUGUCUGUUCAAAACGCUUCUUGACAACAAAAGUGGAUAGAUGUGUAACAGGUCUUGUAGCACAACAGCAAACUGUUGGUCCUUUGCAGUUAUCUCUUUCUGAUGUUGCAGUGAUUGCUCAAAGUUAUGUGGACUUCACUGGAGGUGCAUGUGCCAUUGGGGAGCAGCCAAUCAAGGGGCUGCUUGAUCCAAAAGCAAUGGCAAGAUUGGCUGUUGGGGAAGCUCUCACAAACCUUGUCUGGGCAAAGGUUACUUCUCUCUCUGAUGUAAAAGCAAGUGGCAAUUGGAUGUAUGCUGCCAAGCUUGAUGGCGAAGGGGCAGAUAUGUAUGAUGCUGCUACAGCUCUUUCAGAGGCUAUGAUCGAGCUGGGUAUUGCUAUUGAUGGGGGGAAGGAUAGUCUUUCCAUGGCUGCUCAUGCAGGUGGUGAGGUUGUUAAGGCUCCUGGAAAUCUUGUAAUCAGUACCUAUGUCACUUGUCCUGACAUAACAAAGGUUGUAACUCCUGAUCUUAAGCUAGGAAAUGAAGGUGUUCUGCUUCACAUUGAUUUGGCAAAGGGGAAGCGACGAUUAGGUGGAUCUGCUCUAGCUCAGGUUUUUGACCAAAUUGGGGAUGAGUGUCCAGAUCUUGAUGAUGUUUCUUACCUUAAGAGAGUUUUUGAGGGUGUUCAGGAACUUCUAGGUGAUGAUCUAAUCUCAGCUGGUCAUGACAUCAAACUUGGUCUUGUUCUUGAGAUCAGCAAGGAUAACCUGGAUACUGUGAUAGGGAAACUUGCUGGUGCAGACAUUUCUGCUAACAUAAUUGGACAAGUGACGGCCUCACCUAUGAUAGAACUAAAAGUUGAUGGGAUUUCUCAUUUGGAUGAAAAAACUUCCCUUCUCAGAGACAUGUGGGAGGACACUAGUUUUCAGCUUGAAAAGCUCCAGAGACUGGCAUCUUGUGUGGAGCUGGAGAAAGAAGGGUUGAAGUUUAGGCAUGAGCCUUCAUGGAAAUUAUCUUUCACUCCUUCAUUUACAGAUGAAAAAUACAUGAAGGCAACUUCAAAGCCAAAAGUAGCUAUAAUUCGAGAGGAAGGCAGCAAUGGAGACAGGGAAAUGUCAGCAGCAUUUUAUGCUGCUGGUUUUGAGCCAUGGGAUAUUGCAAUGUCAGACCUCCUUACUGGAACUAUUUCUCUGCAUGAUUUCCGUGGAAUUGCAUUUGUUGGAGGUUUUAGCUAUGCUGAUGUGCUUGACUCUGCAAAAGGUUGGGCUGCUUCCAUACGAUUCAAUCAGCCUCUACUGAAUCAAUUUCAGGAGUUCUAUAAGCGGCCAGAUACUUUCAGUCUUGGUGUCUGCAAUGGGUGUCAGCUAAUGGCUCUGUUGGGGUGGAUCCCAGGCCCCCAGGUUGGUGGUGUACUUGGCACUGGUGGGGAUCAAUCUCAACCAAGGUUUGUUCACAAUGAGUCAGGACGAUUCGAGUGCCGUUUUACUAGUGUUGCUAUAAAGGACUCUCCCGCUAUAAUGUUCAAGGGAAUGGAGGGUAGUACUUUAGGUGUAUGGGCUGCCCAUGGUGAGGGAAGAGCAUAUUUCCCUGAUGACGGUGUUCUGGACCGUGUUUUGCAUUCAGAUUUGGCCCCUGUAAGAUAUUGCAACGAUGAUGGGAACCCAACAGAGGUUUACCCGUUUAACUUGAACGGUUCUCCAUUAGGAGUGGCAGCAAUUUGUUCGCCUGAUGGCAGACAUCUCGCCAUGAUGCCACAUCCAGAGCGUUGCUUCUUGAUGUGGCAGUUUCCCUGGUACCCCAAGCAUUGGGAUGUGGACAAGAAAGGCCCUAGCCCAUGGAUGCGCAUGUUCCAGAAUGCUAGAGAAUGGUGCUCGUGAGAUUGGUUGUUUUUUCAUUGACUGUCCUGCCAUGGUUGCUUACCCAUGUUCUGGUUUUGAUACUUAGCGGUCGAGAUAAUUUUGUUUCCAUUACUUUGUCUUGGCGUUCCUUUAUCAGGAACUUUCCCUAGUCCUAGAUAAAACUUGGCUAAAGUGCAUUAAAUAUUUUAUUUUGUAAUAAAUUUUGAUAGAAAAA